GCGCCUUCGUUACCAGGGGAAAAGAGCGGCGCGCUUUCCGGCGCAGUCGCAGCGCGUCGCAGCUGUCAUGGCGGAGGCCGUCUGGAGCACUGACACCGGGGAGGCUGUGUAUCGCUCCCGGGACCCCGUACGCAACUUGCGCCUCCGAGUCCGCCUGCAAAGAAUCACAUCAAGCCACUUUCUUCAUUAUCAGCCUGCUGCCCAGCUGGGGAAGGACCUCAUAGACUUGGCCACUUUCAGGCCUCAGCCAACUGCCAGUGGACACCGCCCAGAGGAAGACGAAGAGGAAGAGAUUGUGAUUGGGUGGCAGGAGAAGCUCUUUAGCCAGUUUGAAGUAGAUCUGUACCAAAAUGAAGCGGCCUGUCAGAGUCCUUUGGAUUAUCAGUACCGUCAGGAGAUCCUGAAGCUGGAGAAUUCGGGUGGCAAGAAGAACCGACGAAUCUUUACCUACACUGACUCUGAUAGAUACACCAAUUUGGAGGAGCACUGUCAGAGAAUGACCACCGCAGCCAGCGAGGUGCCUUCAUUCUUGGUGGAGCGAAUGGCAAACGUCAGGCGGCGCCGGCAGGACAGGCGAGGGAUGGAGGGCGGCAUCCUCAAGUCACGCAUUGUCACCUGGGAGCCCUCAGAGGAGUUCGUCAGGAACAACCAUGUCAUUAACACCCCUCUUCAGACGAUGCACAUCAUGGCAGACCUGGGGCCCUGUAAAAAGCUUGGCUAUAAGAAGUAUGAACACGUCCUGUGUACUCUGAAGGUGGAUAGCAAUGGUGUGAUCACAGUAAAGCCUGACUUCACGGGCCUCAAAGGACCCUACAGGAUCGAGACAGAGGGGGAGAAGCAGGAGCUGUGGAAGUACACGAUCGACAAUGUGUCCCCCCUUGCACAGCCGGAGGAGGAGGAGCGGGAACGGCGAGUGUUCAAGGAUCUUUAUGGCCGGCACAAGGAGUAUCUCAGCAGCCUCGUAGGCACUGACUUUGAGCUGACUGUUCCAGGUGCCCUCCGGCUCUUCGUAAAUGGAGAGGUAGUUUCAGCCCAAGGCUAUGAGUAUGACAAUCUCUACGUUCACUUCUUUGUGGAACUGCCAGCUACUAACUGGUCAAGCCCAGCAUUCCAGCAGCUCUCAGGAGUAACACAGACCUGUGCCACCAAAUCCCUAGGAAUGGACAAGGUGGCUUACUUCUCCUACCCAUUCACGUUUGAAGCCUUCUUCCUCCAUGAGGAUGAAUCCACUGAUGCGCUCCCGGAGUGGCCUGUGCUGUACUGUGAGGUCCUCUCACUGGACUUCUGGCAGAGGUACCGUGUAGAAGGCUAUGGGGCUGUGGUGCUGCCUGCCACUCCAGGCUCACACACCCUGACAGUCUCUACGUGGAGACCUGUGGAACUGGGCACGGUGGCUGAGCUGAGGAGGUUUUUCAUUGGCGGCUCUCUGGAACUGGAGGACCUCUCCUAUGUGCGGAUACCAGGAUCCUUCAAGGGGGAACGCCUGAGCCGCUUUGGACUCCGCACAGAGACCACAGGCACUGUCACCUUCCGCUUGCACUGUCUGCAGCAGUCCAGGGCCUUCAUGGAAUCGAGUUCCCUUCGGAAAAGGAUGCGGAGCGUGUUGGACCGUCUGGAAGGGUUCAGCCAGCAGAGUUCCAUUUACAAUGUGCUGGAGGCCUUCCGUCGAGCCCGGCGCCGCAUGCAGGAGGCCCGGGAAAGCCUCCCCCAGGACCUAGUGAGCACCUCUGGAGCCUUGGUCUCCUAGUUCAUGGCAGCCUUGGCCCACAGUGCAAAUGGACAAGAUGAGAGCUAUCGGAGGCCAGUGCCCUCCUGCUUCUUCAUCUUUCUGAUUAGAGACCACGUUGGUCUGCUGAGAACCAGAAGAACUGGGAAAUUCCCAGCUGGCCACUCUGCCUAGCCUUCUGCGGGGUCCUGUCCCUGCUCUGUGGAAAUAAAGCCAGAGACCCUGUGGCCCCCGUCAUGUUGCAGCCAUUGUGAACAGGCAUCACAGCAAGGCAGGCAUUUUGGUCUGAAAUUAGUUUGGGGUGACCCCAUAGUAAGUCUGUCCUUGACUCACUUUUCUGGCUUGUCUCACAGUAGUGGGGAGAUGCAGGGAUUUCCUGUUCUCCAGCCUUUAAAAAUGGAGACUUCCUUCUUCCAAGACCAAAGAAGGAAGCUGGAUGGUGAGAAGGUUCUUAAAUCCCCAGCCUGUGAGUCUCAGCCUCCUCCUUCCAGAACAGCCUCAUUACACUGCUUGGAGCUUGCUGAGGCUGAGAUAUGACUUAUUUCUGAGUAAGUGAAGGCUGAAGGCAAUGCCCAGUCCUUUCUGCUAGCUGGGUGUUAUCUUUUACUGUUAUAUAUAAAUAUAGACCCUUUUUAUUUUGACUGA